AUGACGCACUUGCGCUGGGACUUACUAAUGCCAUCCAUUAGGAUCGAGGCAGCAGGAAACGGCAAUCAGAGGGGCGAGCCUAUCAUCGUAAGAGCGACGGACGUUGACAAGAACUCACCUUCAGCGGAAGAUAACGAGGCUCCCGCUCUUCUGGAGGAGCACAAUCAUGAAAAGAACGAGGACUCUGUAGCCAAACUCAAAGAACAACUGCAACUUGCAGACUUGCGCUAUUCAAAACUGGAAGAGCUGUACCAAAAAUGCAGGCUUCGUUGGUUAGAGGAAUGUUAUCGAACCAAAAUUUUGGAGGAAUACGCACCAAGUGAGAUCAACACAUACUCUCCUCGUCAGAUCACAUGGAACGCCCCUUCCCCCACUCAAACUGAGCUGGUAAAAGCUUCCGUCAAAACGUCGAACACAUCCAACAACGUACAAGUAACCUCUGGAACUCUGAGCGCGACCCAUGCGAGAUGUGUGAUCAUGGAUACAAGCAUCCCCGCAGAUAUCACUGAGGCCUUAUCCUAG